GUUAUUCUAAAUUUUAGAGUUCCCCUAUGAUAUAAAUCAAUACAAAAUGUCUGAAACUCCAAAAACUCCAGGAAGUUUAGCAGUAGCAAAUAUAAAAAGUCGUGAUAAUGCUUUAGUUGAAUUUAAGCGGCCUAUUGGUACAGUGAAGAAAAAACAAAAAAUACUAACAGAGGAAAAGUACAUAGAGGAACUUUCGAAAAUUAUACAGCGAGAUUUCUUUCCUGAUUUGGAAAAAUUACGUGCCCAAAAUGAUUAUCUCGAUGCUUUGGAACGAAAGGAUUAUGCACAAAUGGAAAUUAUACGCUCAAAAUUCAGCGGACGACAACCAACAGCUCGAAGUCGUUCUAUGACGCCAGAUACUUUUGAAACACCAACUAGUAACAUUGGACAUACACCACGGAAUGAGUCACAUGGAAAUGAUACCCCAAAAUCUACAUUAUCGACAUCAUCAAAUAAAUUGGAAAAUAGUGUAAAAUCCUUGUCAGAUAAACAUUCACUUGAUUCAUUUCUACAAGCAUAUACCAGUGAAGAUAAUUACAGUUUUCAAGAAAUUAUUGAUACUGCAGAACAAAAAUUGCGCGAAAAGUUUUCAGUACUAUACAAUGAAGAAAAAAUCUCUGCGGAUAAACUAGCACGUGCACUUACUUUGCCAAGUAUAGAAAAGCAAUUUGAAGAUCCAGAUCCAAUGAGAAAAAUUGAAACAUGGACCUAUAAAAAUAUGAAUUCUAUUAUGUAUAUACCAGAUGGUGUGGAACUGACUGAAACAGAACGCGUUGAAGCUGUUAAUCGGAAGCAAAUUAUACAACACAAUGCAACACGGCUUUCAGUAAAUCCAUUCAAUGAAGAAUUAAGCCAGAAGACUGUUACGAAUGCAGCCCUUAGUCAAGCCACAUCAACAAGUGAGAAAUUUGGUGUCGAUGGAAAAAUAGUAAGCAAAGAACAAACACCACAAAUAAAGGGUUUUAGUUUAGUAAAAACACCUUCGCCCAGACCGGGUGAUGCAUUUUCGCCAUUAAUGACAUGGGGUGAAGUAGAAGGAACGCCAUUUCGUCUAGAUGGCUCUGAUACGCCAGUGCGUUCAAAUGCAGGUCCCUCAUUUAAAAUAAAUGAGAACUCACGACGAGAAACUAUUGCGCUUGAAUUGGCUGAAAAAGUUGGAGAGAAAAUGCGUGCACAAAAACAGCGUGCAAUGGAUACAGCCAGAAAAAAUAUUAAUUCACCACUCAUACGUAACAAUAUAGAUAGAUUAGCAUCAAUGUCACCUGCAGCACGUCGUUUUGCAACCACUAAGUUGGGUUUGCGUACGCCGUCCAUGACACCUUCCCCAUUACGAACACCAAUCGCAAAAACAAAAUCCAAAGCACAUCUAGCGAUGGUAAAAACAAAUCAAACGCACAAAACACCUGUAACCAAUCCAAAUACUCCCUCAUCCGCAACGAACACACCUAAACAAAUUAGUGACAAAACAUAUUUGACAGAUGAUUUGUUAAAUAUUCCUACAAAACGCCUAAAAGCUGCAGAUUUCUUUUAAUUAUUUAAUUGAAUGUAAAUAAUUUUUUCUUUGUAAAUCACAUUUUCCAAUAAUCAUUAAAAAAAAACUUUAUUUUAAUAAGUUUACAUUA